AGCGCCGCGCUGCGCCGAGCCGCCGGCGAGCGGGCGUCGCCCCUCCCCGGCCCGCGCCCCCGACUUCAUCGAAUAUCUCCUCGUCGCCGGCAAACUCGAACGACCUCUUUUCGCUAACUAACGUCGCAUCCGCGUCGACUCCCGCCGCGAAACUGCGCUCGAUCUACGCGACUCGCCGUCACGUCGGGUCUCGGCGCCAAUUCACUUUUUGAAUUUAGUCGUUCUUGAUCUUUUUGGUAUCGAGCAGAUCGAUAAAAUUUGAAACUGAUGAUGAUUUUAGAGAAAGUUGGAUCGUGUAAAUGAUAGUCGGGUAGUCGUAGAGCGAGCAUCGAGUGAUGUGGCGGUGGGCGUCAGGUCGAGGAUGGAAGGUGUCGCUGGUCGCGCUGGGAGGCGCGUAGGGUCCGCGCCAUGGACUGCUGUAACUACGGCGAGUACCGCGGGCUCGCGCACGGCCAGUACGCGGGUUGGGAGGGCUACUCGCCGUACGCGCCGCUGCCGUACGCGCCGUACUCGCAGUACUACGCGCCGCACGCGCACGAUCCGUACGCGCGCUACUACCGUUACGAUUACCCGCACCAUUUGCACCACAAUGAGCAUGUCAUGCCAAUGGAUUAUGGCGCGUACGCGUCGAAGGAAAGCCGCGUGCGGCGUGCAAUUGCACGACGAGAGCAGCGCGCCACCACGCCCGCCCCGCAUCUCCAGCAUCCGCCUACGCCUCCGCUAGAAUGUGGGAUGAAUGGCCGCAACCCUUCCUACUGCGAGCCGCAUAUGUGGCCGCACUACCAGAUGGGAGUCCUGGGCGGUAGUUGGAACGGCGCCAGCGCAGCGUCGUGGGCCUCUCGGGGUGCGUGCGCACGGGAACACAUGCGCUAUGCUGCUGACUGUCGCUCUAUGAAGAGUCCGCAUCCGCAUAUCCAGAAUCAAGCUUGUAUGCAAGACGGGCGGUCGACUCCCUAUCGUCCGUACGCUGAAACUACAUAUAACGGGGAUUGUGGAGCUCGACAAGGCAGUACGUCGGAUUAUACCUCGUCAGUAACACCGAGCGAGCCUUCUAAAGUACCGAGAGAGCGUUUCUAUCCAGCGCCGCGACGUUCGCCGCCCGAGGAGAAGCGGCCGCCGGUCGUACCGCUGCCCGCCUUCCAACAAGCGUUCGGCUCAACUGAGAUAGGCAAGUUUGCUGAGGCAUUUAGUCGAGCUGAAGUAGCCCUCGAGAAUAUCGCGAGUGAUACUUUUGUGUACGAAUCCUUCUCAGACUGGGACGCGUCACUUGAACCGCAGUGGCCGGCGUCUCAGCCCGCAUCGCGGGAAAUCAAAUGCGAAGAAAACUUUUAAUGAAGUUUUCUCCGACCUAGUGUUAAUUUCGAGCGGUCUCGCCUCUUAGCUAAUUAGACAAUUUUUAGUUCACCACCACGUUGCCAAAAUGAGUAGUCAUGAGACAAGUUUGAUGUCGUAGAUCCAUAGAAUGUGAAAUUGUGCUGACAUGUACGAAAAUGAUCGAUCUGAUGAAAAGUGGUGUGACAUUUGAUUCAUAUACAUAAAAUUAUAAUGGUAUAAGUAGAUUUUAUUAAUUAUCUAGUUAAUCCCUUUAACUAGUUUUAGACCGACCUUAAAGGACAAGAUGAAAUUUUGUUAUAGAUGGGAUUUGGAAAAGUUAGGUACAGCAUGCAUAGGAUAACAAUAUGAAUCAUGACUCAAUGUGCCUUUAAUCGGAGAGCCCGGCCGCAAUCGCGCGGCGUCGCGCUCGCGCCCCGCCCCACCGCCCGCGUCGCUAUGGACAUUAUAUUACAAUAGCAAUUAUAGGGACCAAACGUUUAGACAAAUAUACACGACCUUCUCGUGAGCAUGAUCGAUUCGCAAUAAGCUCAACGAAACAUUUUUACUUAAAAAAUUGAUCUAGCCAAGAGGCAAUAACGCCUGAUAAAAUUGAAAAAUACAAAUGAACUUAGUUACAAAUUGUAGGAAACAAUAAGCAAUUAAAUACUUUACAAAAUUUGACAGAGACUCGAUAUAUUUGUUUCGUAAUGUUGAUAUGUGAAAUCUAAAUUUUGCAAUCGUGUGUACUUAAAAUUAGCCUAGAAAUAAAAUUAAAAGCAACAAUUUGUGCGGAUGGCCAUACCUAUUAUGAGAAAAAACUAGACGGGUUUGGAUUAAACUCUACGAAGAAAUCAUGUAAGCAGCACAUUAUAUUUCCCGCGGGUGCAGACUAUGACAAAAGUUAGUAAGUAAUUAUAUUAUCUUGGAAUAAAACUUAACAAUUGCUAUAAGAAAACGCCUCUUUAAAAAAAGUUUGUACUUACCUUCCCUUUUCACUUCUGGGGCACUAUAGACGCCGCGCGAAUUUAAAUUAUAACAUUCGAAUAAAAUCAGGAAGCAUGAAACACGUCAUGUUAGUAGUAUAUUUAGGUAGUUAAAUUUGAUAAAAUUUUUAAAGAGAUUACUUAUGAAUAAAUGGCUUUUUAAUUAAUAUAUAGGGUCCAACAAUGUCGAUGUAAAAGUAUCAGUUGUGCGAUUUUAUUAUCACGACAUAACUAAAUCACAGUUGAAGCUGUCAUUCGUAGCAGUAUAGUGUCCCUCCCUAUGAUCGUUUAUUUGUUUACAAUAUUUCCCUAAAUUUCAAUGUUUUAUUGUUAAUUGACAAUCAUAUGUUUAUUGUUACGUGUACAAAGGUUCUGAUAUAUUAAAUAAUAUGUUAUUAUACCUAAACAUUUUAAUUGUAUGAUUUAUUGGUUAUCUGUGAUAAUUAAUUUUAUUAAAUUUGAAUAAUUGAAACUAUCGGAAAUGGUAUAGGUACUUAAAAUUAAUUUCGUUUCUUUUUAUAUUUCAAUAAAAUAUCGAAAUAAUUUACGCUAAAUAAUGGGUUCAUUUUUUUUACAAAAAAUUUAUAUAAGACAUUUUUAGCAAGUUAUCAUAAAUUGUUUUAUAAUUGGGAUUUUGGUUCAUAACAUAUUCCCAAUAAUAUAAAUCUUAGUUUGAGCUUAAAAUUGAUGAUUAUAAAGUAUAAUGAUUGUAAUAAUGUGCGGUGCGUGAAACCAGUAACUUCCAAAGGUCUUCAUUUUUGUAGAAGAGUCCCGCGUGUGUCAGUGUUUUCGAUCUCUUUCGACAAAAUACAGCAAAAAUUAAUGGAGUGCCUUACGUAUUUAAUAUGAUAUGAAAUUAGGAUGGAUGAAUUUUAUUAUAGCAUAAUUUGAUGAAACACCAUAAUAUAAUAGCGUAAUAAAAUACUUCUUUGAACCGAGUAUUUCAUAAUAAGUAGAUAUUGUAAACUUAAUUAUUUAAUAAUAACCUUUAUAUAUUGUAAAAUUACAAACUUAUAUACCUUAACGUAAUGAUUCUUUAUAAGUCGUGACGUGCACUACUAUUCCUUCAAAAAUUAUUUAAAACAUCAUGUUCAUUCUUCAUUCAUUGCUUUGCUUAGUCUAGUCAAAUUGACAAUGUCAAAUUGAAUCAUUAAUUUACGUCUCUAUUAUAGCUCUUACUUCCAGUAACAAUAUAAUUAAAUAUCGACUUAUGGAACUACUUAUAUAGUUAACAUUAAACAAGCGUGGAAAAAUAUCAUUUCUAAAGAUUAUUUUAAAUAACAGUUGUAAAUGUCAUGGAAUGAUUACCAAUGUGACAUAUGGAUUUAAAACCUCUUCGAGGUGCGAUAUUUGGUUAUUAUGGUAAUAAGAUGAAAGUAUGUAGUCUGUGCCACAUUAUGUAUAUACGAUAUACAUCUCCCUAGAUAGUCCUAUUGUUAUUUGUUUUAAGUAUUAGAAACAUAAUUUUACUGUAGAGAGGUGUAAUUACCUUAAAUUAAAGUUAUAUAUCUAGGUGUUCCACGAUAGAGCUUCCCGAUUGAUUCUCCACGAUUUGUCUACCAUCGGAGUUAGAUUGUGUGUUUAUUAUUAUUGUGAUCCUUACUUACAUUUACUGUAUAAUUACUGUCUCCUUUUCCUUCAUGUUCUAAAUAGUUGUCUUAAUCAUAUACAAGUUUAUGGGAUUUGUAUCCACUGUAAAAUUUCUCGACUUCAAUGAAAUAAUUUUAUAUAAUAAACAUAUGUUUAUCAAAAUUUAUUUUCUUUAUGUGAUAUCCGUUGUAUGUUAUGCGUUAUGUAACAUUCCAAAAACAUUGAGCAUCUCUUUAAAUUCGUUGAAUUUUAGGCCAACAAAAUUAUGUAGGUUCAUAAGUAUUAUGUAUGUUUGUUGAGACAGUGAAGUACUGACAAUGACAAAAAUAUUGAAAUUAAAAAAUAUGAUGUACCUAUCUAGGCUAUAAUUCUAUUUUUAACCUUGUAAAUAAUUAAUUAUAUUUUGAAUGUUUCACUCAUAUCAAUCAAUCUAGAUCAACUGUUUUAUUAGCAAAUUUUAAGGUUUGAAUCCGAAGACACUGAAAUGUUUGAUUUAUGGACGUCGA